AACUCAUUACUGAGCGGCGAUGAUAUUUGUUUUUUGUGAGCUUAUGAAACAGCGAGGAUAGUUCACGUCAGAGCUGGUCACGAUGUUACCAAAGUACUGCAUUAUAUUGGCUAUCUUUUUCAAGUACGGAAUUUGCGGCCAUGGGAGAAAUAUUUCUCGGGAACUGAAUGGCACUAUCACUGGUAACCAGACCCUCACGCAUGCAGAAGGUCCAUACUUGGUAACCAGUGACUUGGUUGUCGCAGAGAAUGCCACUCUUGCCAUAGAACCUGGUACUCAGAUAAAUUUUCUUCCAUCUGUGGGGAUUCGCGUUCAUGGAUCAUUAAAUGCAAAAGGGACACCUUCACACAGGAUCACUUUCCGAGCGGUUCCUUGCAAAGACGCACCUUCUUGCAAGAACUCAGCCAUACCUUACAAUCAAGGAAUACGGCUUGUUGGUGGAACCUCCCACAACAACGGCCGUCUGGAGCUACAAUGGCGGGGACAAUGGGGCACUGUCUGUGGCCAGUAUUUUUGGGACAUGAGAGAUACACGAGUGGCUUGCAGACAUCUUGGCUUCCUCGGAGCAAAGCGUUAUUACUUCCACCCUGGCAGUGGCCGUGUGUACAUGAAGUUCGUUGAAUGUACUGGAUACGAAGAAAGCCUUUGGGAUUGUCGCUAUUCCUGGGCUUAUUAUUAUCCUUGUGGUGAGUUAUCUCUUGUUUAUGUAAUACUAUGCAGUUUGAAGGGCUGGAAAUACGUUAUGGACGGCUCAGGCUAAACUAAGGACUAUUUUAUGAUCUAAAAUGGAAAUCUAGACAGCGAAACGAUUAAUGGAAUGGAU